CUAGUCCUAUCAAAGUCUAAUAUUGAUUAAAGGCUUCAACUUUUGUGCAAACUGCAAUUUUAUAAAAUUCCAACUAAAAUAAAUUGAUAAAUCGACAAAACAUACUUAAAAAUCUAAAAGAAAAAAAAUCCAAUAAUGUCUUUCCCAAGAGUUUUAUUAACAGUUGGUUUUAUUUCAUUAUUCCAUUCUGCAUUUUCAGCAGCUCAGCAUCGUUCAUAUCUUCGUAUUACAUCGCAGGAGUUUACAACUUUACCUUUAGAUAUAGUCAUACAAGCAGUUGGGAGCCUAUUUGCAGUAAUGUGGGGUGUUAUGUGUAUUGCUGGAAACUUAAGAGAAAUACAGGCAGCUGCUGAAUUAAACAACUCAACCUGGGAAACACAAAUGAAUCUACCUUCAUUCUACAUAUUUAACCAUAGACAGAAGGCGUUGAGCUCAGAAUAUGUACAAACUUCAGGGAAAGGAGACUUGGAGAAUCCUGAAUAAAUAUAGUUUUUUCAUAGAGUACUAGUAAUUUAUUUUUAUUAUAAGCAUUAAUAAUUGAUAACAUGGACAAAUGUUAAAAAGAUUCUUAUUGUUAAUCUUUUCAUUAAUAAUAUGUAAGAACCAUGGUAUAUUUUUCCUCAUUAAAGUAACCAAUAAUCAUAACUCAUUGAAUUGAAAUAUUAGUGUUGGCAUUAGCUUUGCCAGAUUAAAUGUUUUAUGUGGAGUAAGUUAUUUAUUAAAACUUAUUUUAAAAUA